GGGGCGGCGGCGCGAUGGCGGCGGCGGCGGCAGCGGUGCCGAAGGGCUGGCCCGAGCUGGAGCUGGCCAAGCGCGAGCGGCGGCGCGAGCUGCUGCUGGCCGGGCCGGGGCUGGAGGAGCGCGUGCGCGCGGCGGGCGGGCGGCUGCCGCCGCGGCUCUUCACGCUGCCGCUGCUGCACUACCUGGAGGUGAGCGGCUGUGGCUGCCUGCGCGAGCUGGGCCCGGGGCUGGCGCAGGGCCUCCCGCAGCUGCACAGCCUGGUGCUGCGGCGCAACGCGCUCGGCCCGGGCCUCAGCCCCCAGCUCGGGCCGCUGCCCGCGCUGCGCGUGCUCGACCUGUCGGGCAACGCGCUGGAGGCGCUGCCGCCGGGCCAGGGGCUGGGGCCGGCCGAGCCGCCGGGCCUCCCGCAGCUGCAGAGCCUCAACCUCAGCGGCAACCGGCUGCGCGAGCUGCCCGCCGACCUGGCCCGCUGCGCACCGCGCCUGCAGAGCCUCAACGUCACGGGCAACCGGCUGCAGGCCUUCCCCGCCGCGCUCUUCCUCCCCGGCGCACUGCCGCUGCUCAGCGAGCUGGCGGCGGCCGACAACUGCCUGUGCGAGCUCAGCCCCGACAUCGCCCACCUGGUCGCGCUCAAGACGCUGGACCUCUCCAACAAUGAGCUGAGCGAGGUCCCGGCCGAGCUGGCCGACUGCCCCAAGCUCAAGGAGAUCAACUUGCGCGGCAACCGGCUGCGAGACCGGCGGCUGGAGAAGAUGGUGGGCGGCUGCCCAACGAAGUCCAUCCUGGACUACCUGCGCGCUGGGGGCCGGGGCGCGCGCGGCCGGGACAAGGACGAGGGUCGCAAGAAGAAGAAGGAGCGGCGGCCGCGGGAGGGCGGUGAGGCGGACGCGGUGGACGAGGCCUGCCGCUUGCUCCUGCGGGUGCUGCCCGCCGCCGAGAACCCCACCCCGCUGACUGUCAGGGUCAGCCCUGAGGUCAAGGAUGUGCGGCCCUACUUCGUGGGGGCUGUGGUCAGGGGCAUGGACCUGAACCCGGGCAACUCGCUCAAGCGCUUCCUCGCCCUGCAGACGAAGCUGCACGAGGAGCUGUGUGAGAAGCGCACAGCGGCCACCAUCGCCACCCACGACCUGCAGACAGUGCGCGGGCCACUGCUCUACACCGCGCGGCCACCCCAGGACCUCAAGAUCAUCCCCCUGGGGCGCAAAGAAGUGAAGGCUCAAGAGCUGGUGCGGCAGCUGCUCCUGGAGGCCGAGGAGCACCGGAAGCAGAAGAAGCGGCAGAACGUGUCAGGCCUGCACAGGUACUUGCACCUGCUGGACGGGAAAGAGAAUUACCCCUGCCUGGUGGACGCCGACGGCCAGGUCAUUUCCUUCCCACCCAUCACCAACAGCGAGAAGACCAAGAUUAAGAAGACCACCUGUGCCCUGUUCCUGGAAGUGACCAGUGCCACGAGCCUGCAGAUCUGCAAGGACAUCAUGGACACCCUCAUCCUGAAAAUGGCAGAACUCAACAAGUCCGCCGUGUCCGGUAGAGAGGACGGGCCUCUGUCAGACACGGAGACCGAGACCACUCCAGCCCCUGCGCAGCCCAGCCCGAGUCCCCAUGCUGAAAGCGACGGGGAGGGUCCACUGGUGGUGGAGCAGGUCCGCGUGGUGGAUACGGAGGGGCAGCUGAAGGUGGUAUACCCCUCCAAGACAGACCUGGACCUGGGAGCUGCCCACGUCACGGUGCUCCGCUGAGCGUGGCCUUGCGCCUUGGGGCUGCGCUGUGUGCGUCGUACCCCCGCUCCCCAUCCAUGCUGCUAAGGGACACCGUGUCAUUGUGUGCCUGGGUCACCUGGCAUGGUGGCAUCCGUGUCCUCCUGGAUCUUCCGGAUCACAGACACCCACAGACGACUCCCAGCGUGGCAAGCGCGCAGUGGGCUG